AUGGCGCCUCCCCCGUCACCGAAUCUGCCUCUGCAGGAGCGCGUCCUCCAGCUCGUCAAGACCCUCCAGUUUGCCUGGUUCUCAGGACAUCUUGUGCUGCUGCUCUGCAUUGCUCGAUACUCGCUUUCGUAUAUCACCUUCAACUACUACAGCCGCAUGGCCCGCUUCUCAUACCGCCUGGCCUUCAUUUCUGCCGCUCUCACAUACGGCAUAGUCGUGUACAAGACCUUCCGCGCCCGCCAGAAGGUCGGCGCCAAGUACCCCGGAAGUAUCAUGGGCUUGGCUUCGGACGAGAAUGUCCAGUAUCUUGCCAUGGCCCUUGUUUGGCUGUUUACUCCCCAAUAUCCGCUCGCCAUGCUGCCUUACGGCAUCUACUCGGUGUUCCACGUUGCGACCUACACACGCGCCAACGUCCUGCCUACGCUCCAGCCCGCUAAGACUCCUGCUGGUGCCAAUGGCGCAAAGACGGAGAACGCCGCGGCGAAUGUUAUUGGCAACUUUGUGAAGACCUACUACGAUUCGUCAAUGACUAUUGUUUCCGGUCUGGAGAUCCUGCUCUGGAUCCGCCUCCUGCUGGCUGCCAUUUUCUUCCAGCGCCGCUCGUGGAUUCUGCUCGGCCUCUACACUGCGUUCCUCCGCGCUCGUGUCGCUCAGAGCACGCACACUCAGAACUCGUUCAGCUUGCUCGAGACCCGCGUCGACUCGCUCGCUGCGAACCAGUCAACCCCUCCUGCGGCUCGUCAGGUUUGGGAUGGUGUCAAGACCGGAGCCCGCCAGUUCCACGCGGCAACCGAUUUGUCCAAGUACGCUGGUGGCGCCGCUGCCGCUCCCCCCAAGAAGACUUCUUGA